GCAUGUAUCAACUACCAAACACGUCCUCUCUUUGCAUUCCAAACCCUCUCUCUCUCUCUCUCUCUCUCUCAUCCUUGAGUUUGCAACUUCUCUCUCUAAGAUGGAGCGUUCUGCGCGUUUGUUUUCUACUGUUUUUAUUGUGAUGCUACUUCUCGUAGCCACUGAGAUAGGUCCAAUGGUUGCGGAAGGCAGGACAUGCGAGUCUCAGAGCCACCGCUUCAAGGGAACAUGCCUGAGGAAGAGCAACUGCGCCACUGUGUGCCAGACCGAGGGAUUCCAUGGUGGACACUGCAGGGGUUUCCGUCGUCGUUGCUUCUGCUCCAAACACUGCUAGUUAACUACCUGGCCAGUGCAUGUGAUCAAAUGAUGAUUUCUCUCUCUCUCUCUCUCUAUAUAUAUAUAUAUAUGUCUGUCUUUCACUACUUGUGUGUCCAAAUAAUAACAAUAAUUCUGUCUUAAGUAUGGCUUCUCUGCUUAUUGUUUUUGAUGGUUAUCUUAUGUAAUAUGUCACAUUGUAGCGUUUUUUUCUUUGAUGAAUAUGGUUUUUAUAAUCUUACUACUAUAAA